AUGGCGGUCUACAAAAGCCUUUUAGCUCUCUCAGCAACUCUACUCAUUCUUGCAUUCUUUGUCUCUGUUCAUGCAUCGACAAUAGCUCAUGAAACAGAGGAGCUAAAGUCUCAUAGCUCCAGCAAUUCAUCAACGGCUGAUAAGUUAAGUGACGGUGCAUGGAACGAACACGCCGUUAAAAACCCAGAUGAAGUCGCUGCAAUGGUCGACAUGAGCAUUAAGAACAGUACGGAGCGGAGGAAGUUAGGAUUCUUCUCCUGCGCCACCGGAAACCCAAUCGACGACUGUUGGCGAUGCGAUCGGAAAUGGCAUCUCCGUCGAAAGCAUCUCGCGAAUUGCGCGAUUGGUUUCGGUCGUAACGCGGUCGGAGGUCGAGACGGCCGUUACUACGUCGUCACGGAUCCAUCGGAUCACGACGCGGUGAAUCCGAGACCCGGGACGCUGCGACACGCCGUGAUUCAGGACCGUCCGCUAUGGAUCGUGUUCAAGCGCGACAUGGUGAUCACUCUGAAGCAGGAGCUGAUCAUGAACAGCUUCAAAACGAUCGACGGAAGAGGCGCGAACGUCGCGAUCGCCGGAGGCGCGUGUAUCACGAUCCAGUACGUGACGAACAUCAUCAUCCAUGGGGUUAAUAUCCAUGACUGUAGGCGCACCGGUAACGCCAUGGUGAGAAGCUCGCCGACGCAUUACGGGUGGCGGACUAUGGCGGACGGUGACGCGAUAUCGAUUUUCGGGUCGAGUCAUAUUUGGAUCGAUCACAAUUCCUUGUCUAAUUGCGCUGAUGGAUUGGUUGAUGCGAUUAUGGGAUCUACCGCCAUUACCAUCUCCAAUAACUAUCUCACUCACCACAACGAGGUUAUGUUGAUGGGGCAUAGUGAUUCCUACACUAGAGACAAGAUGAUGCAAGUGACAAUAGCAUACAACCAUUUUGGGGAAGGGCUUAUACAGAGAAUGCCAAGGUGCAGGCAUGGUUAUUUCCACGUUGUAAACAAUGAUUACACUCACUGGGUUAUGUAUGCAAUUGGUGGAAGUGCUAAUCCUACCAUCAACAGCCAAGGAAAUCGGUUCCUUGCCCCAGCAAAUCCUUUUGCCAAAGAGAUCACAAAGAGAGUAGGUUCAUGGCAAGGAGAAUGGAAGCGAUGGAACUGGAGAUCUCAGGGAGACUUAAUGCUCAACGGUGCCUACUUCACUAGAUCUGGAGCUGCUGCUCCUGCGAGCUAUGCCAGAGCCUCUAGCUUGGGAGCUAAACCAUCUUCCGUUGUAAGUAUGCUUACCUACAGCUCCGGUGCACUUAGAUGCAGGAUCGGUAUGCGUUGUUAG